UGUCAAGCAGUUGAUAAUGAGGUAUCCACUACUAGACAAAUGAUCAGAGCAACCCAGAGAUUGCCAAUUUCUCAACAGCUUUUUCAAAGAGGAUAAAAGCUUGCAUGGGGCAUGGCAGAAAGAUCCUAUAAUGGGCCAGCAUGUUAGGUGGCAUCUAUCUUCACAAGCUUGGGAGAAAUCUUCCAAGACUUCUUGGUAAUGCAUCAAGGUGGCUUUUUUGUGGAAAUUGUCUUGAAUUUCCAAAGCAGGAGUGGAAUGAAGACUAAAGCACCAACUAUGUACAAAUAUCCAACAAAUGUCCUGUUGUCUGGCAGUGUUUUCCUCUAUCCCCAUUGCUCGAAAUUGGGCCAUAUAUUGAGUUGCCCAAGAAGCAUAUCAACAAGGUAGGAAGCUACCUUUGGGUUGCUGUUAGAUGGGGAAGUAAAGUAUAUGAGUGGCCCAUCUAAAUUCCUCCCAAUGUCUACGUAUCAGAAUAAAUUUAGGAAGCUCCUGGGAAGUGUGUUAUUUGCUUAUCUAGAAGUUUCUUUGAAGCUGAGAUUGUCUUCUUUUCCCUUCCACACAGCUAUUCUUGACUUUUCCUCAUAAGAAAAAUUGAGCCAUUUUGGCCCUUCAGAUAGUUUGGGCUUCAACUCCAGUGUACUAAACUGUUGGUUGCUGGUUUGGUUUGAUAAGAGUUGUUGCCAAAAACCCCUGGAGAGCCAAAAAUCCUCUAAUUUUCCCUUAAAACUCCACAAUGGCUACUUUAUAGAGUGCAUAAUUAAUCAAUUCCAAGUCACUUGUUGGAGUUGGAUCAGAUACCACUGGCAGCUUUAUUCAGUUGUGCCACUAAGCAUAAAAGCUAGAUUCCAACUCUAACAAAAUCCUGAAUUUCUGAAACCUUAACCAAUGGGUAGCAGCCUGUAUGGUGCCUUGGUAAAAAAAAGAACAAUGGUGAAUGGUUUAACUUUCUGGUGAUAGGUUUGUUUUGAUCCUGGACUCAUGCAUCUGACUUUGAGCUUCUGAUGGGUUAUUGCACAAGAGUGAUACUGGACACUGGCAAAGGUUGCCUGGCCGAGAAAUGGCUAUCUUUCUUAGUUGCCUGGCAAUUGAUGGGUAUAAGAUGAGCAUGGAUUAUUUUGUACAGUAGUUAUUGUGUGCAAAAGAUGUUGGUGCUGAGGGAUCUGGGUUACUUCUCUUCCUUAUGGAACUUAGACAUAAAUUUGUGGAUGCUUUGAAAAAGUAGUGUGUUGCUAUGCCGAGCUCAGAGCAAGAUACCUUCAAAUCUGGGUGAGUCUGAAGUCCAUUCCGAGUUCUUUCCCCCUUAUGCGCUGUUUGUCUGAGAUGUGGCGUUGCAUGCAUCUGUCAUUAGCAUGAGCUCACGUUUUCUCAUUCCAUUGUCAUUACAUCUUGUGCCUAUCCUGUGUCUUCCAUAUGCAUCUCUCUGCUGCAUUAUAUUACUGUCUUGUUUUCCUUCAUGUCAGCUAUGAAAAUUGUUCUCCAGACAGAAGGUACUCCAUCACCUCUAUCAUAAUCAUCAUAGCAAUAGCUGUAGCAUUACAUAAAAUGAUUCAGAGGAUUUUUGUAAUUCCUUUUCAACCCUCGAAGGCACCUAAAUUCCCAGUUCUAUGCAUGCUUAUUUAGGAAUGAGUCCUACAGAAUUUAGUGGAGAUUUUCUCAUGGAUAUGCAUGCAUAAGAUCAAAUUAUCAAUCUGUAAAUAUCCCAUUCCAGAAACUGCUUUGAUAUCAUCUGAGCAGAAGAAUUUGUCCCACUACCAUAGCCUGAAAUGUUAUGGAGUUGCCUUAUUUUUAAAAGUCACAAGCCACUCUUUGGAAGUCUGAUUCCAUAACUAUCUUUGAGCGUUCCAAAGGCUGAACAUUUGGUUCUCUGAGGAGAAACAAAUGUGAUCUUUGCACUUUUCUCCAUAACAUUUUCACCACAAACCAAGUGGAUUUAUUUCAUGGCAGAACUAUGCUAUCUGACACUAAAACACUAAUGUCCAGAGAAGGGGUUAAGACAACUGUGAGGAAUUGUACAGGUAAUAUAAUUUUUUUCUGAGUAAUCUUUCACCAUCUUGUAGCCUAACCAACUAUAGCAUUGGUAGUUAGGUCCUAUCUAUGACCCCUUUCAGACUGCACACAUUCUGCCAUGUACAUUAUUGGGUGGAAAAGUGAAACCCAUUGAUGCCAUGUACAUUAUUGGGUGGAAAGGUGAAACCCAUCAAUCUCAGUUUAAUUGUCCUUACCAUUGUUCUUAUAACAUAAGCUGUGUUUCAGAAAGACAGGCACAGACAUUUUCAGGGCAUGAAGAAAUAGGCUUUCAAAAUCUAGAAGAGGAUAUGAUGUGAUCAUCCAAAUACAGUAGUGUUGAACUGGAAUUCCCAGCAUUCUUCAUCAUUGUAUAUGUUGAUCAGAGCUGCUGGGAGUUGCAGAUCAGUAAUACCCGGAGGUCCACACAAUUGGAAACCUCAUCUAGAGCAAGGAAUACAUAUCUAAAAGAUGCUUGCCACUUUUCAUUUCCAUUAUCCAUCUAUUGAGUCAUCCAUCCAUCUUUUGUUUGUCUUGUGUACUCCAUCUCUUCUAAUUUGAAGUAAAUUAUAUAAUGUCUAAAAUCCUGGGGAUCAAGUGCCAAUCAAAAUAGGUUCUUUUGAGGUAUGUGAUGAAUCAAUGACACGGCUCAUUAUAUGCAAGCCUCAUAUUUUUAUAGGCCUGUUGCCACACUCUCCCCUAGUUAAGUUUUCUCUUGAAGUUUAGUGCAGGUGAGUGUCCAGUUCAUAGCAUAUGUGAUCACUUAUUUAGCCCUUCCAAUUCUGUAAUAUGCUCAAAGACCACAAGAGCCUAUACUCUGGGUGCAUAAAAGCUGACAUAUUGAGUCAUACAUACAACCCAACCUUCCAGAAUGAUAAUAAGACUGGACUGGUGAUAUACUCCCUUCUUCCAACAGAAACGGAUGAAGCCAUGCGCUCCUUUGCAGAGAAGGUCUUUGCUUCAGAGGUCAGAGAGGAAGGCCACCAGGAAAUCUCUCCCUUUGAUGCAGAAGAGAUCUGCCCUAUCUCAGACAAAGAAAAUAAAGAGCACAUGAUCCAGGAGGAGACUGAAGGUGAUGCUGGAAAACGGAAGAAGAGGCUCUUGAGACUAAAAACCAUUGCAUUGGUUGUUCCUCUUAUAGGAAAGUCUUCAACCAAAUUGUCUACCUUGGAUGAGGUUAUGUCUACCAAUACUUCAUACCAAACCGUGCCCAAAUUUCAACGUGUGCAGAUUACAGGAGAUUAUGCUGCUGGGGUGACAGUGGAGGACUUUGAAAUAGUCUGCAGUGGCCUAUACCGUGCCCUAUGCAUACGAGAGAAGUAUAUGCAGAAGUCCUUCCAGCGUUUCCCCAAGACACCCUCCCAGUUCCUGCGCACUAUUGAGAAUGAGACAUGGAAACCCAAUGAUGAUCUGUGGCCAGUGUUUAACCCAGCUGUGAAACAUGGUGAAGAUCCUUUCCGGUCUGACAAUCUCCCUGAGAAUUUGGGCUACCACGUGCAAAUGAAGGAUGGUGUGGUGUACAUCUAUGCUGAUAAAGCAGCCGCUGCCAGGGGUGAGCCCAAGGACCUGCCCUAUCCUAACCUGGAGGUCUUCAUUGAUGACAUGAACUUCCUGCUGGCCCUUAUAGCUCAGGGGCCCGUUAAAACUUAUGCACACCGACGCCUUAAAUUCCUUUCCUCCAAGUUCUGUGUGCACGAGAUGCUGAAUGAGAUGGAAGAAUUGAAAGAGCUGAAGAAGAACCCCCAUCGGGACUUCUAUAAUUGUCGGAAGGUCGACACGCACAUCCAUGCUGCCGCUUGCAUGAACCAGAAGCACCUGCUGCGAUUCAUUAAGAAGUCAUUCCGGGUUGAUACUGAAAGGGUGGUGUACAAAUCCAAGGACCGGUCAUUAACACUGAAGCAGCUCUUUGAACACCUCAAACUGGACCCCUAUGACCUGACAGUGGACUCACUUGAUGUUCAUGCAGGCCGCCAGACCUUCCAGCGCUUUGACAAGUUCAAUGCCAAGUAUAACCCUGUGGGAGCCAGUGAGCUACGUGAUCUCUAUCUGAAGACUGAAAAUGCCAUCAAUGGUGAAUAUUUUGCUACCAUCAUCAAGGAGGUUGGCUCAGACCUGGAAGAUGCCAAAUACCAGUAUGCAGAGCCACGAUUGUCCAUCUAUGGGCGUUCGCCAGAAGAGUGGCCCAAAUUAGCCAAAUGGUUCAAUGAACACCGCGUUUAUUCACCCAACAUGAAAUGGAUGAUCCAGGUGCCCAGAAUCUAUGAUGUGUUCAGGAAGCAGAACUUUCUGCCUCAUUUUGGGCAGAUGCUGGAGAACAUUUUUGUCCCAGUGUUUCAGGCAACAGUCAACCCACAGGACAAUAAAGAUCUGAGUGUUUUUCUACGUCAUAUUACUGGUUUUGACAGCGUAGAUGAUGAAUCCAAACACAGUGGGCACAUGUUUUGUACCAAGAGCCCCAAGCCCGAUGAGUGGAGCCAUGAGAAGAAUCCAUCCUACACGUAUUAUCUGUAUUACAUGUAUGCUAACAUCAUGGUGCUCAAUAACCUUCGACGGGAACGUGGCAUGAACACCUUCCUCUUUCGUCCUCAUUGUGGAGAAGCAGGUGCUAUCACCCACCUGAUGGCUGCCUUCAUGACUGCAGAUAACAUCUCUCAUGGAUUGAACCUGAAGAAGACUCCUGUGUUACAGUAUCUGUACUUCCUAGCCCAGAUUCCCAUUGCCAUGUCCCCACUCAGCAACAACAGUCUCUUCCUUGAAUAUGCCAAGAACCCACUUCUCGAUUUCCAUCAGAAGGGACUGAUGGUGUCACUUUCCACUGAUGAUCCAAUGCAAUUCCACUACACCAAGGAACCUCUCAUGGAAGAGUAUGCCAUUGCUGCCCAGGUCUUCAAACUUAGCACCUGUGACAUGUGUGAGAUCGCACGUAAUAGUGUCCUCCAAAGCGGUCUUUCUCAUGAGGAAAAGCUCCAUAUGUUGGGAAAGACUUACCAAGAGGAGGGGCCACAGGGGAAUGACAUCCGCAAGACUAACGUGGCUCAGAUCCGCAUGGCCUACCGCUACGAGACGUGGUGCUAUGAGCUCAACCUUAUCGCCGAAGGGCUGAAAACCACUGAAUAGGAAGCUCAGUGCAGCAGCUUAUUAUGUCAGAGAAGGUCUCAAAAUGAAGAAAUAACCAUGCUGUUCAAGUUGGGACAAUUAAAGGAGUGGGGAAAACUGGGGUUAGAGUCCUACAUGGUUUCCUCCAGAAAAUAUACAUCUGUUGAAAAGAAAAA